GAGCAUCCAGCUAAACCCUCCGGCUCUCAAGCGCGGGGUCACUUUAAUUCUUCUCUUUGUCCGUCCCCCCCACACUGUUCUUGCUAUCAAAGGCAAAUAGCUCCGAGAGAGAGGCAGCAGCGGCAUCAGGGUGGCUGGAGGAGACAAGCCCCAGCCCAGCUUGCUGUGGCAUGCGGUUGGCAGGUGUCAAGUUGGGCAUCCCUGCCCGGCUUGGGGAGAAGAAGGGUUGGAGGUGCCCAUCUGGGAGCUAAUGGGUCACCCUCUCACUCCACCCAUCCGCUGCUCGCCAAUUGGAAGUGAGGGAGAAAGAUGCUCUGGAUGGAUUGAUACUGGAGCCAUUGAAAAAGCACGAGCCAUCGCCUCCUCUGCCACCUGAGCGAGUGGCAUUUGGGAACUUAAGUGUGGUGGCGGCUCGGGGAGGGGUGGGGGGAGCAGCCCGGAGCUUUUUGGAGCAGCAUCUCUAUUAAGGAAGUAGUGCAGAGUCUCCCCCAGCAGCAAUGUCAAGAAAUGGAUACUUCUUUGAAGAGAGUGGAUAUCUCAAAUGUGACACGGACGAUGGGUGCGAGACCAAGGAGGAGACAGGGGGUGAAGAGCUCUUUGAUGCCAUGAACUCGUCCAUCGUCUCGGGGGACAGCAUCCGCUUCUUCGUCAAUGUUAACCUGGAGGUGCCGCCGAACUCCGCCGCUGAAAAUGAAAGCGCUGGCUGCGUGUUACUGCACACGUCAAGGAAGUACCUGAAAUUAAAGAAUUUUGAGGAGGAGGUCAGAGCCCACCGUGACCUGGAUGGGUUCUUGGCCAGAGCCAGCAUCAUCCUUGAUGAAACAGCCACCUCCUUGGAUGAUGUUCUUCGAGAGAUGUUGAAACAUUUUGCUGAGGAUCCUGAGAACAUGGAGCCAAGCUGCAACUUUGAAAAAAUCAUGAGCACUUUAUUCACAGAUUCAGGGACCCCACGAGAAGGGAAUGGCACCCCUGAUGUUUCAGAGGCAACAGGAAUGAAUAUACAAACAUGUACAUCGCACCUCAAAUUUCACCUCUUAUCAGAUACAAUUCAAGGGGUCACAGCAACAGUCACAGGGGUGCAGUAUCAGCAGUCCUGGCUCUGUAUCAUUUGCACUAUAAAGUCUCUUCAGCGACGUCACGUUUGCAUCAGCCGCCUGGAGAGGCCUCAGAAUUGGGGUGAAAACUCCUGCGAAGUGAGAUUUGUGAUAUUGGUCCUGGCUCCUCCUAAAAUGAAAAGUACCAAAACUGCCACAGAAGUGGGCAGGACCUUUGCCACAAUGUUCUCAGACAUAACAUUUCGGCAGAAACUUCUAGAAACCAAAACUGAAGAAGAGUUCAAGGAAGCCUUAGUCCACCAACGCCACUUGCUGACCGUGGUCAAUCAGAGACCUUCGACAAUGGGUGAUGGGCACAGGUCACACGGCCCCAAGCCACUCAAGUUGCACGAGUUUCUCAAUGUUGGCAAGGGGAUUUCUGAUGACAUUGCACGAAGACUUCCAGUGUACGCUUUGGACUUCACUGACGGUGUUAUAGGAAACAACAAAGCUAUAGGAAAAUACAUCACAACUAUGAUCUUUCUGUAUUUUGCCUGUCUCCUUCCAUCCAUCGCAUUUGGGUCGCUCAACGAUGAAAAUACCCGAGGAGCUAUUGAUGUGCAGAAGACAAUCGUUGGCCAGUGUAUCGGAGGGUUGCUUUAUGCCCUCUUUUCGGGGCAGCCCCUGGUUGUGCUCCUAACUACAGCUCCUUUAGCACUCUACAUUAAUGUCAUCAGAGGAAUCUGUGAUGACUACCACUUGGAUUUCAGUGCUUUCUAUGCCUGGAUUGGACUGUGGAACAGCUUUUUCCUUGUGAUGUACUCUCUCUUUAAUUUCAGCCUUCUGAUGAAGCUCUUUAAAAGGUCAACAGAAGAAAUAAUUGCACUUUUUAUAUCCAUCACCUUUGUGCUUGAUGCUUUCAAAGGCAUCAUUAAAGUUUUUAAGAAAUAUUACUACCAUGGGCGCACAGGAGACAGUUACUUGGAAAAAGCACCAACUGAUGCUAUUCCAAGCCUCGGCAUCAAUACCACCUUCUUGAUGAAUUCAUCAGUGAGCAGAUCCAUGUCCCUAGAGAAUCAAACAGGCACUCAUGAUGUGCAUUAUGGGCGUGAAACUGCCGUCCUUAGUGUCAUGUUGAUGUUGGGUACCCUUUGGCUUGGUCAUACGCUCUAUCAGUUUAAGAAAAGCCCAUAUUUGCACGCCAGAGUACGGGAAAUUCUGUCUGACUGUGCCUUACCCAUUUCAGUCCUGACUUUCUCUGUUGUGGGUUCCUACAUCUUCAAGGAAAUUGAAAUGUCCAAAUUUAACUACAACCCAUCUGAGAGCUUGUUUGUGCUGGCCCCAGUCCAGUCCCUCUCCAUUGGGUCAGUGAUGAGUGCCAUGGGGUUGGGAUUCCUCCUGUCGAUGCUCUUCUUCAUAGAACAGAACAUUGUGGCAUCGCUCACAAACGCCCCAGAGAACAGGUUGGUGAAGGGAACAGCUUAUCACUGGGACCUCCUCCUUGUUGCUCUGAUCAACAUGGGGCUGUCUGUCUUUGGCCUCCCAUGGAUCCACGCUGCCUUCCCUCACUCCCCAAUGCACGUCCGAGCCCUGGCCUAUGUGGAGGAGAGGGUUGAGAAUGGACACAUCUAUGAAACGAUUGUGAGCGUGAAGGAGACACGGUUGACAAGUCUAGUGGCAAACUUCUUAGUUGGCCUCUCGCUCCUGCUCCUCCCUUUCCCUCUCCAGUGGAUCCCAAAGCCAGUCCUCUAUGGCCUCUUCCUCUACAUUGCCUUGACCUCCAUUGAUGGGAACCAGCUCUUUGAAAGAGUGGCUCUCCUGCUCAAGGAACAGACUGCUUAUCCUCCGACACAUUACAUCCGCAGAGUGCCCCAGAGGAAGAUCCACUAUUUCACAGGACUCCAGGUCCUGCAGCUCCUCAUCCUCUGUGGUUUUGGCAUGUCACCGUUGCCCUACAUGAAGAUGAUCUUCCCACUCAUCAUGAUAGGCAUGAUCCCCAUCAGGUAUAACCUGCUCCCCAGGAUCAUCGAAGCCAAGUACUUGGAUGCAAUGGAUGCAGAGCACUAAACAGGGUCCUCUGCCCGUGGAGCAGUGGGGGCAGCUCUCCCAGAGUCAGAAGACGGCUUUGAGGCGUAGAACAAUCUCUUCAGUUCUUUCUUUUCACCACUUUCUUUCUCCUCUAGUAUGGUGUUUGUAAUACACGUGUAUCAGAGACCAAUCGAGCGUUGGAGUGUCAGACCAAAACAGCCUUGGACUUGGAAGGCCCAAGGUUCUUAGAGGCAAGCAGGCUUAAUGGAAAAUGCUGCUUUCCACACCCCAAAACUGGAAACCCCAAAGAUCAGUGUGUCCAUAUGGCUGGAGCAUGUGUUGGCAUGUGCUCCCUUGUGUGAGAGUGGGAGGAAUCUCUCUCUUUAUGCACCACAUCCCUUUUUUACCCAAAGCACUGUAAAGACAGCAACUAACCCUCCUUUUAAAGAAUGACAGUCCUGUUCUGGCCUUUUAAUUCCAUUUCCCAUGCAUCCAGUGUUCCCAAAUUGGUUUUCUGGGUGGCAUUGCCUCACUAAACCACUGAUGUCAGCAGAGAUGGACCGGCCAUCUCUCCUCCUCUUAGCGGGGUUGGAAACGGAUGCAAUUUGUCCUGAUACAAUCUGGAUGAAUGUUCAGUUCCCACAAACGAGCUGGGAAACGCUCUGAGGUUGGGCUUGCGUGGUGAGGUUGAUGUAGCUGCAUUGGGAAUUGUUUUGGGUCUUUCUAGUGUUACUCCUCAGUGAUCAAACACCGUAGGAGUUUGGCACAACCACAACGUUCUUGCACCCGGAGUCACACGCUGGAGGUUGGGCAGUUGUGUGAGGGAUGGCAUAUACAUAUGUACAGUAGUGCCUAUGUGUACAUAUAUACAUAUGGAUCUGUGUAUAUAUUUUGCAUAGAUAUGAUACAAAUAGGCCUGAUUCUUUCACAGUAUCACAAGUGUUUUGUGCAGUCGGUGUUACCCGUGAUGUCCUGACCCAAAUGCCUGUUCUCUGCUUCAGUGCUGCUUUGUCUCAUUGGAGAUAGGGUCACUUUUUUUGUUUAUCCUUUGGAAGCUGCUCAGUUACUGGUUUUGUUCACGUGUUGCUUGAUUCAAAAUGUUCCUUUCUGCUUCCUUUCCCUUCCCUGUGGCUUUGAGACCUUCCUCAUUCUGUCUUGAUGCUCCAACAUGUGAAUCUUGCAUUUAAUUUUAAUGUACAGCAUGCAAUGAAAGCUUCCCUCGUUCUCCUAAUCAAUAUUUGUUGGUCAUUGCAUUGUUUCUGUUUUUGUAGCUCAUCUCUGGUUUUCCCCACUCCCAGAUGUUGUAUUGCUGGAUGAAUCUAACUCCUGAUGUCUUUUGUAUUUCAGUUUAUUUAAUUUUGCCUGUACUAUGGUCAGUUUUUGUUUGGAGUACUGUGAAGCUGCCCCUUUAGUUCAGUGUUUGCCCUUUGCUGCACACUACAGGUCACAGGUGAAGUGGGAAGAGAAAUGUGGUCCUCUGAAGAUGGUGAACUUUCAGAACAGGAGGAGUGAGGGAAGGAAAGUGUUAUUAAAAUGAAAUGCAAAUCUGUAAUUAGCACAGAAGUGUUUCCUACCAAUUGCUUGCCCAGUCCAAGGUGUAGAGGUUUUAAUCAGUCCAUGCCCUACUGCUUGAGUGUUCCUCUGCAUGGUGAGGAAGACCCAUCUCUAACAAGAGAGGAAGGCAUUGGGUAAAAAGCUCCUGUGUUGAAACUAAGCCAGACUCGGGCCACUGAAGAUUUGAUGUGUUUGCACUAAAUAUCAGAUGGUAUUUCAUCUCAAUGUAGCUGCCUGUGGCUUGAAAACAGAGCUAAAACCCUAACCCUUUAUUUUCUUAUGGAACCCUUUGUGUUGAUGCUCGAAGGAGGAGAGAGCAGCUGGAGAGCUGCCAAGUACAUGGCCAUGGUUUAUGUAUCCAUGAGCUUAACAACACGGCAUGGCCUCGAAAGCAUGACUUUAAUGUUGCACAAACCAACUCUUGUGGGGCUGCUGAGAAGCCUCAGGGUCAGGAUGAUCCCCCCUCUCUCCCCUCCCACUAAAGCCACCCAUUCCCCUUCCAGUUUUGGAAGCAGGAGGGGUAACUGAUGCCGUGCCUGAGGAGUGGUGUGACAGCAGCGGUGAACCAUUGUGUGGUUUCAGACCACCUUUGUCAAUAUUCCUGGCUUUGGUGUCGUUCCUGUGGUGAGAUCACUAAUAGAUGAUAAGGUCUAUGUGUAAAAACAGGGAGGAAAACAGUCAGCAGAGAGGAUUUUGGGGCAGUGCAAAGGUGGUAAAAGUAUGUCUCAUCUUCAGUCAGCAGGAAAAGAGCAAGUGACAGCAGUACCUGGUGUAUGACAGGGAGUGCAAAGGCCUGGUGAUGCUUAACUAACAUGCUUUUCCCACGGGUGUCAAAAGAUUUAACCAAAACUAGAAUCACAAGUGUCAUCCUCUGGUUGAGGAAGCUAUUAAAUGUGUAUAUGUGUGUGUGUGUGUGUCCUGAGGCUGAAUUGCUGGUGUCUCAGCUCUUGGCAGGAAGGAGUCACCCCAUGGGAUGGUUUAAAUCAUAUAAUGGGUGCUGUGGGCUGGAGGAAGGGGAGGACAUGCCCAAGGGAACUGACUCUGGUCCUCUUUGAGUGAGAACAGAAGCCUUGGGUGAGAUUUCCUCCAGCACAGAGCAUCGUGGGGUGAACUGGCAUGCAGACCUUGCCAGGGGAAAUAAAUGUGACAUGUCCCCUCCAUCCCCCUGCUUAGGAGGACCAAAACUGUCCCCAUAUAAAUCCUCUCAGCUAGUGUCAGUUGUUGCUGACUGAGAUCAUUUGAAACCCAGAUAGCUUGGGGGUGCUCAGUAUCUUAUCACCACCCUUGUUGAUGUCUCGCUGCUGUCUCUUUACCAGUAUGACUUCAACGUUGGCAUUUUCUUUGUAGCAUCAGCAGGAAUCUAUUUUGCAGGGUUUUCCUUCUGCAGAAGUCAGGGGCCAAAGAAUCAACUGCUGGCAAACCAGCACAGCUCAGGAGCAGAGGCUGUGCUGGCUCGGACUGGUUGAACGCUUGGACCCACGUCUCGAUGUGUGGAUAGAUGUGAGCCUCCAGGCCUCUCCUUCACCAUGAUCCUGCAGAGAGGGUGUUUUCUUUCCCAUACAACUACUCUUUUUAUGUUUCCUCUGUUUUUAUUUGCUUCUGGUUUCACUGACUUUUGAAGUGCAGGGGUUUCCAGGGAGUUGGGCUACUUAGGGAAAGGAGAGUUUUUUGUUCCGAGUGGCUUUUGAGCACUUUAAUACUUCUGUGAAGGUUGAAGACAAGUAGAAUGUAAAAGAAGUUUUGUUAUAAGCUCUUUCUAUACGCACAACGCUCCAUGUAACUUGUUGCCAAAGACCUGGGUUUGAAAAGGUGUUGCCAGCUAUUUCAGAGAGUCCUUGAUGUUCACCUGGAACCACGAGGCAGGGAAUAAAAAGCUUCCGAAACGCCGUGGAUUUUGGAAGUUGCCCUUUGACAGCUGCCAAAACCGAGCAGAAACUGGAGACAGAAUGAACUUCUACUCUCAGACUUUGUAGUUUUGGAUCCUUGCAUUGAAUGUAGGAGCUAGAAGUUAGCUUGAUGAUUAAAACUGGGUUUGUACCUGAA